GGCAUAAAAGCAGGGCCGUCGACAGGAGCAUCUUCAGUUCUUCCGUGAAUCUUCACACAACAACAAGUGGCUCCUGGUUUCCACAGCUCCUCCGUCGACAAGUGCAACAAGACACAGAACUUGGUUUAUUCAGUUCUCCUAUUUUUUGGAUCUUGAAUCGAAGUUGAGAAAAAUUCACAAGAAAAUGAGACUCGCACUCAUCGUUUUGGCGCUGGCCUGCGCUGCUCUGGCCGAAGAGACGAAGGUGGUCGAGGCACAGCCCGUCGCCACCGCUGCCGCCUUGGUGGCCGAACCGGCUGCUGUUGAAAACUCGGCCGCCGAACCGGAAGCCGCCGCUUCGGCUCCUGUCGAAUCCAGCAAACCCGGUAAAACGUCGAGAUCCAACGAUCCGGCUCCUAAAGUCUACUACGCCCGUCCGGCUCAGCCCCAGGCUGUAGCCCAGUCCCGUGACGGCGCCCACCAUCACCACCACGACCAUCACGAGCAUCACGCCGCUCCAGCUCCUAUCCAGUACUCCCAACCGGCUCCUCAGGCCUACGAGUCUCAGCCAUCCUACGACGCUGCUCCUCAACAAUACGCCCCGGCUCCUCCUGCCUACGAGCAACCGGCCCAGCCCGCCUACAGUGUCCCAGCACCAUCUUACGAUGCUGCUCCCCAAUACCCACAGGCUCCUCCAUCCUACUCGCCCGCCGCUGCUCCUUCUUACGACCAGCCGGCCCCAGCUCCUUCCUACUCGACCCCCGGCCACCAGGGCUACUACUACUACUACUACCCCGUCAAGGAUUCCAAGGUCAAGCUCAAGCUGCCCAAGUUGCCCAAAAUGCCCAGUCUGCCCAGCCUUCGUCUGCCAGAGUACUACGGAAAGGACGGUGGAGUCUCGUCGGUCAAGAGCUUCGGAGUUGCCGCCAUCACAGCCGCCCUGGUCGGUGUAGGAGCCUUCCUCUCGUUGCCCAUCAUCGGUCUAGGAGUCGGCAAACGCUCCUUCAGCAGCCUCUGGGAGUCCGAGUACUUGUCCCGCGACAACCUCAACGUCCUGGCUGAAUACGUCAUCAACCUCGUCGACAGCUACAAGCCCAACCAGCAAUAAAAAAUUGAAUUCAUUUCGAAUCUUUUCUUCUUGAAGAAAAGAUGAGAAGAAAUGCGGGUGAUGGACGGACGGGAUCACGAUGGAUUUUUUUUCCUCCCCCUCCCCAACAAUUUUUCACCCAAUUUUUUUUUUCUUAAUUUAAAUUCCAGUACGUAUCGUUACAAAAAAAAAAUUAUCGUCUUAGUCUCUCUCCCCCUCCUAAAAACACAAAAAAUUUCUUAAAAUUUUUUACAAAUUAAAAUUCUUGACACUGGGGGGGAGCCGGGAGUAUUACGCGGGAUUUUUUUUUCCUCCCCCCCUCUCUUUUGAUAUUACAUCCCCCCAAACCCCAUUUGAUCGGAAAGUCACCAAUUUUUAAUUUAUAGAAAAAAGAGAAACUUCAAAAUUUCCUUUUUUUUUUGGUUGGCGAUUUUUUGGUUUAAUCGCCAACGCACCGACACCAAAUGAACAAUUUUUUUUUUUCGAUUGCUCAAACAAAAACGCGCACACACACGAAUUUCACAACGAAUCGAAAAAUUUGAAAAAAAAAAUUGGGGGGAAAUUCAAUUUUUCUAAAAAUUUCGGCCGGUCCGAAAAAGAAACCCAAAAUUUAACAAAGGGGAAUUUUUUAAUUUAUUUGAAAAACAAUUUUUUUUUUGUCUGAAACUUUUUCAACGCUAUUCCCGCCUCUCUCUCUGUGUGUGUGUGCGUGAUUGUGUGUGUAACUGUGUGUGUCGGAUCUUCCUCCCUCCAAUUUUUUUUGCAGCUUUUUUUUUUGUUUUAAAUUAAAAACAAUUAAUAAUUUAUUUCCUUGGCAUCCUCCUCUUCUGAAAAACAAAAAACUAGCCUACCCACACACUUCACAACAAGAAAAAAACCCUUCCUCCUUUUUUUUUUGUCUAUUUAUUCGUUGUAGUCUGCAACCCUGAAAUUGUUUUAAUUAUUUCCCCUUGUUUGUUGUUGUCUCGCAGCAACAACAAUUCCCUCAACACACAAAAAUAUGUACAUUGUGCGACCAAAUAAUACACACCACAACAAUCUCUUCAAAAAAUA